AUGGCCUCUCGUUUUGCUAUCCAGUCGCUCCGGGGCUCCUCGAUUUUACGAAAUUAUUUAGCGUCCCUUUUACGCAGGCAAGCUACGGCGAUCCCACGCCUUGCAGUGGUGCCCAGUCGCCAGUACUCCGAUGCAUCGAGGCCUCCUCCUGAGCAACGCGCCAAUGCUAUCAUCGAAUCUCUCCCUGGAAACUCCUUGAUCAGCAAAACUGGUACUGUCGUCCUCGGUACUGGUGUUGCCGCUGCCGCGAUCUCCCAGGAACUCUAUGUCGUAAACGAGGAGACAAUUGUUCUUGUCGGAACUGCCAUCAUGUUCACUCUCCUCGCUCGCAUUCUCAAGGAUCCGUACAAAGAGUGGACCGAGGGUCACAUUAACCGCAUCCGUAACAUCCUCAACUCGACCCGCAAAGAGCACACUCAGGCCGUCACUGCUCGCAUUGAUGCUGUGCAGCAAAUGAAGGAUGUCGUAGAUGUUACCAAAGGCCUCUUUGCCCUCUCCAAGGAGACUGCCAAGUUGGAGCACGAGGCAUUCACCCGCCAAAAGGUCGCCGUUGCAACUGAGGUCAAGGCUGUCCUUGACUCGUGGGUUCGUUACGAGCAACAGGAGAAGGAGAGCGAGCAGGCUGAUUUGGCCAAGGCUGUUAUCGAGCGUGUCACCAAGAGCUUGACGGAUGCCAAGAACCAGCAAGAUAUCUUGAACAGCGCAAUUGCUGAGGUUGAGCAACUUGUCAAGUCCAAGGCCAUCUGA